GCUGUUGUUUAGUGUUGGGCCUCUCGAGGGGCGUUUUCCAAAAGGCCGCCGGUACAAGCCUCAGUGACAGGGCCGCUCGCCCCUGCGCACCGUCUCCUGCCCGCUGCACGUUUGCUCGCGUCUUCCGCGGCAUGCAGAUCCAACAUGGCGCGGGAGGUGUCCGAGUACCUGAGCCAGAACACGCGGGUGGCCGCCUGGGUGGAGUCUCUGCGCUGCGAGGGCGAGACUGACAAACGCUGGAGCCACCGCAGCGAGUUUCUGCUUCGAAACGCUGGGGAGCUGGCGCCCGCUGGCGGCGUCGACUCCACUAACGCAGACGAAGCUGCCGACGCCGAGAGCGGGGCCCACAGUCGGCAAUUGCAGCAGCUCAUCUCUUUUUCCAUGGCUCGGGCAAACCAUGUCUUCUUAGGGUGCCGGUACUCUCAAAAAGUUAUGGAUAAAAUUCUUAGUAUGGCUGAAGGCAUCAAAGUGACAGAUGCUCCAAUCCAUACAACAAGAGACGAAAUGGUUGCCAAAGAAGAGCCAUCCAAAAAACGAAUUGUUGAAGGAAAAAGCAAUUCUGCAGUUGAGCGAGAUCUUGCAAAAAUUUCUGCCAUAACAGAACGAACAUCAGCUCAGCAAGAAAACAGUUCAACGAGUUCAGGGUCAUCCGCCAAAUCAGAGAGUAGUGGUAACUCCACGACGGGCUCUGGCGGGUCUGUUCAGAAUAACUCUGCAAGUGAAGGAGGUGGAUCUGUGUCUGGCCAGAGCAGCAGCAGCACUUCCACUCAGGUAACAGCAGGAUCUAGAAAAGCUUCUGAAUCUGAAGCUCCAGAUAAAGAUGGGUCAGCAACAUUUGUUUCUUCAUUGUUGAAGUCUAGUGUGAAUAGUCACAUGACUCAGCCCAGUGAUUGCAGACAACAGAGUGGAUCACCUAAGAAGAGUGCUUUAGAAGGCUCAUCAGUCCCAGCUUCUCAGAGCAAGAUUGAGGUGCCCUUGUUGGGCACCUCUGGGAGCUCAGAGGUGGAGUUGCCAUUGUUGUCUUCUAAACCUAGUUCAGAGACAACGUCAAGUGGGCUGACUUCCAAAACUAGCUCAGAGGCAGGUGUUUCGUCAUCAGUAUCCAAAAACAGUUCUUCUUCAGGCACAUCAUUACUGACUUCCAAGAGCAGCUCAACAAAUACAUCAUUGCUAACUUCCAAAAGCACUUCCCAGGUAGCUGCAUCACUGUUAGCUUCCAAGAGCAGCUCCCAGGCCAGUGGAUCUUUGGUUUCUAAAAGCACUUCCUUAGCAAGUGUGUCCCAGCUUGCAUCUAAGAUUAGCUCACAGAGUAGUAGCACCUCACAGUUGCCUUCUAAAAGUACUUCACAGUCAACUGAGAGUUCAGUCAAAUUCUCUUUUUGCAAGUUAACCAAUAAGGAUGUGAAACAGAAGCAACCUUUCUUCAAUAGACUGUAUAAGACAGUGGCAUGGAAGUUGGUAGCUGUUGGUGGCUUUAGUCCCAGUGUGAAUCAUGGAGAGCUCCUAAACGCAGCUAUUGAGGCGCUAAAAGCAACCCUGGAUGUGUUUUUUGUCCCUCUAAAAGAACUAGCAGAUCUGCCUCAAAAUAAAAGCUCUCAAGAAAGUAUUGUUUGUGAAUUGAGAUGCAAGUCUGUGUAUUUGGGCACUGGCUGUGGCAAAAGCAAAGAAAAUGCAAAAGCAGUUGCAUCAAAAGAAGCAUUAAAGUUGUUUCUCAAGAAAAAGGUGGUGGUAAAAAUAUGUAAAAGAAAAUACAGAGGCAGUGAAAUAGAAGAUCUUGUACUCCUUGAUGAAGAAUCAAGACCUGUAAACUUACCUCCAGCAUUAAAGCAUCCUCAAGAAUUACUAUAAUAUGUCCAAAUAAUCAUUGCAUAUAAUGUCUAGGAUUUGAA